UUAUUAAUUUAGGGUCACAUAUUAAAAUGAGCAAAAUAUGAAAGAGCCAUUUAAAAUUUUGGCUGCAACCAUUUAUUUGCUUUAUUAAUACUUUAUAGUAUGCUCAUUUGUAUUUAGAAAAAUUGACUCAAAAUUGACUUUGCUUUAUCAUAAUAUGUAUUAUGAUUAGUUAAUUGAACAAUAAUGUAGGUAGUAAACAAACCUUCAAAAAGAUUAUCUGGUUUGUCAGUCACUGUGCAAGUUACCAAAGCUAUGUGGAUCAUGCAGGCCCAUGCCAUGAGAAUCAGAAAACCUGACUAAUCCCUGGAGGGAAAUUGAAUUGUUGUAGCAGUAACAACAGAACAACAAGGUGGUUCCUCUCUUUAUUUUAGAGGGUGCAGUUUCUGUUUUUGAUAAGAAGCACCCAAAGAAGUUUAAGAUAAAAAAAAAAUUCUUUGUCUUUUUGUGCCAAUUACGUUGCGUCAACUAGCUGCAGUAUCACUAUUAGACGGUAGAGGACAGCAAGGCACUUUACGGAGUGUAAUCAGCUCAAAAGAGGCAAAUUCAACGAAGAAGAAAUUUGUCGCGUUUUGAUUGGACAGCUGUUAGUUUGUUUCAGACAUGGACGAAACAGCUAGAAAGGAGACCCAGGAUGGACAUUAUUUUAAGAAAGAAAGAACAAAAUAUAGCCCAGAGGAGGAGGCCAAAUUGGAGAGGCAACAUUUCUGGAGAAUAAUCGAUGCUUUUAGGUUUUACAGAGUCCAUAUUCAGGAACAAGUCAAGCGUGCUGAGCGUCAGUUCCGGAGCCUUUCACAAAGCCACCAGAAUUUGCUGCCAGGUGUUUUGGACAAACUGGCCCGGAUCAGCCAGUGUGCCGAACACAACCAGGAAGUUCUGCAGGCCAUAAUUCACAACAGUCUCCAUAUGUUUGAGAACGUGGAGUAUGGGGAAAGGCCGGUUGAUCCGAGGAAGGCGCGUCCAUCAUCUACAUUUGACAUGGAUAAACUUAAGUCCACCAUAAAGCAGUUUGUUAGAGACUGGAGUGAAGUGGGCCAGUCUGAAAGGGACUCCUGCUACAAACCUAUUGUCCAAGAAAUCCAAAGACUCUUUCCAAGUGACCAAUGUGAUGUGUCUAAGGUGAGCGUGUUGGUCCCGGGUGCUGGGCUUGGUCGUCUUGCUUGGGAGAUAGCUCAGCUGGGUUACAUGUGCCAGGGCAACGAAUGGAGUUUCUUCAUGCUGUUCUCCUCAAACUAUGUUCUCAAUAGGUGUGAAAAGGUGAAUGCUCUGACUCUGUAUCCCUGGAUUCAUCACUUCAGUAACAACAAGAAAUCAUUUGACCAGACGCGACCGAUCAGAUUUCCUGAUGUUAACCCUCAAAGCUUGCCACUAAAUUCAGACUUCUCCAUGGUAGCAGGGGACUUUGUGGAAGUUUACUCUGACUCAGAUUCCUGGGAUUGUGUUGCAACCUGCUUCUUUAUUGACACAGCUCAUAAUGUCUUGGAAUAUGUGGAUACGAUCUGGAAAAUUCUUAAGCCUGGAGGAGUGUGGAUUAACCUGGGCCCACUGCUGUAUCACUUCGAGAACAUGGCCAAUGAGCUCUCAAUCGAACUUAGCUACGAAGAGAUUAGGACAGCAAUGGUGAAGUUGGGGUUCCUCUUUGAGGUGGAGAAGGAGUCGAUGCAGACUACUUACACAGAGAAUGACCGCUCCAUGCUGAGAUAUAUUUACGACUGUGUCUUCUUUGUGGCAAGAAAACCUGCAGAAUUAUACUUUAAUGGCCAAGAUGAGGAUCAGCAACUAAACUCUCCACCAGCUGCUAAGUCACCACGACGAGAGGGCAUUGACAGAUUUACGUGACAUGAAAUCAUCGUUAAAAAAAUCUGUGAACUCUGAAGAGCACAACCACUGACUCAUAUUGAAAAGAAUUGAUUGAGAAAAUCAGAAAUGGACACAAGGUGGAAAAAAAUGGACAUAAUUUUCUUUAUUGUCAAAAUAUCUUCCAGGCAGUUUCUUUUAGAGAAGUGUGCCUAAUCCACAAGCCUAAUCUUUUUAUGGAGCAGUUCAGCUACUCGAUUAUGGCCCAAAAUUUUAAAUGUAAUAUGAAGUAUUGUAGUGCUAUUUUAUCAAGGCUAAAAAAAUGUAAAAACCUUAACAUAUUGUGAUUAUUGGGUUGGAUGUAAGUCAGUUACCACUGAUUCCUGUUAUGUAUUAAUGGUUUAUGUGUCAGCUCCAAGCAGUGGAAAGUUUAAAUCUUAACUAUUGUGGCCUACAGUCAUACUCAUCUGUACUAACUUCCACUGCCAGAAAGUUUGGAUCUACACUACCAGUCAAAAAUUUGGACAUUCUUUCUAAUUGAAUCUAAAAGGAACGAAUACCUAAACUUUUGCCCAGAAUUAUACAUGUGUGCAUGUGAUCGAACAUUUUGAGUGUUUUUUUUUUUCUUUCUUUGUGCCAGUUGCUGCAUCUGCUCAUUUCCAUCAGUCACUUUCCAGUUUUUCAGGAAUAUGAGCUUAUAAAGUUAGACAUGAUUGUGAUCUCAUUUCAGCCUUCCAGGUGAACUUUGGAAUAAAGCCAACAUUUUUAAAA